GUCCAGGUUUGGCGCGAAAUUUUGCACAUGUAUACAGCUGAUCACGAAUUCACGAUCGACGGAUUGCGCGGCUUGCGAUUGGAAAUUUGAAACAAAUUGCUGGAAUUUUUGUUCAAUUUUUACACAAGUUGAUGACAAGAAAUGAUCGGACAACAAAAGAUUUCAUCUUUCUUCCGAGUUGCAUCGGUCGGGAGUGGAACAAAACGACAGCUCGGAACAGAUAAUGGAUCAACACCACCCAAGAAACUGAAAUCCAUUGAAUCAGGAGAUGCCGUCACCAGUCUCAGCCCUGAACAGAAAGAGAGAAUGGCACAACAACGAGCCAAAGCAUUGGAGAAACUACACAGCAAACAAACAAACCUGCCAACUGCUGGAAUCGCUGGGGCGCCUCCUGGAAUCGGACAAUCCUGGGCGAGGGCGCUGUCUGGGGAGUUCAAUAAGCCGUACUUCAACAAACUUCAAGACUUUGUUGAGAAGGAGCGACAAUCUAAGACUAUCUACCCACCAGCCGACCAAGUCUACUCGUGGACACAGCUCUGUUCCAUCCAUGAUGUCAAGGUUGUAAUUUUGGGGCAGGAUCCCUACCAUGGACCGGGGCAAGCUCAUGGUUUGUGUUUCAGUGUCAAGAAAGGAGUGUCGCCACCUCCCAGUUUGGUGAACAUGUUCAAGGAAUUGUCCACGGAUAUUGAUGGUUUUGAGACUCCUAGGCAUGGAAAUCUGACAGGAUGGGCCAAGCAAGGGGUGCUGCUUCUGAACGCGGUGCUGACCGUGCAGGCUCACCAGGCCAACUCCAACAAAGACAAAGGAUGGGAAAAGUUCACAGAUGCCGUCAUCAGUUGGCUGAAUAAACACUGUGAUGAUAUCGUCUUCCUGCUGUGGGGGUCUUAUGCACAGAAGAAAGGCAGCAUCAUAAACACCAAACGCCACCACGUACUGAAGGCCGUCCACCCAUCUCCCUUGUCUGUCUACCGAGGCUUCUACGGCUGCAAGCAUUUCUCCAAGACCAACGAGAUUCUGAAGAAAGUUGGCAAGACACAGAUAGACUGGGGUGAUCUUAACGCAGAAUAGCCGCACUCUGAUCUGUGAAAAAAUCUUGAGGGGAGGUUGUCACCAAAAAUUGAACAAAAUCAUAGUGUUUUCUCCCCAGAAGAGCAAGCAUUUAUCAAACAAUUUCUUUUUAGUCAAUGGAGAUUGCAUUUACAGAAAACAAAGCAUUGAAGGUUGCAGCUAUGUUUUAGCUCAUUAGCAUUAAUGAAUAUUACGUCAACUGACAUUUCGUUAAAAAUUCAUUUCAAGUUUCAGCUGUUAAAAAAUGGCAAGUUACCCAGAAACCAAAUUUAAAGGAAACGUUUAAGAUAUUUUUUUGGGAAAAAAUGCUCAUUUCAGACAAUUGUAGUUUAUUAACAAAAUUAUCCUCGCUUUUGAUUACUUGUACGAAUAACUGGAGCACGCCAGCUUUUCUGUCUUUUUCGUUUAAUUUGUAUUGCCUGUUGUUGCUUAGUUUCGAAUUUGCCUGUGAACUGUGCUUGUAACCUCAUUCGCUUUCAAGUAGGAUGCCAUUUCCCCUUUGUAAAAAAAGAGAAUAUUUUUAUAGUUUUGACACUGUCUUAUUCCGAUGCAUGUUUUAAGUAUCAUUUUAUUGAAUUUGGAAACACGUCCAGCGAUCUUGUUAUUUCGUUCCUCACUUACACUGCCUUAUCACACAAAACUGUAUAUACUUCAUA